AUGGGUUUCACAACUAAUGAACCAAGAUAUAAUGUAUUUGCACGUGAUCUAUUGGACAUAUCAGCAACUGGAACGAAUGACUAUUUAUCAUCUCCAAUAAGUGUGUUCUUGCUUUUAACAACACUUCUCGGUUCAGGAGGAUCCAAGGGUAAUACAAAAGUUCAGAUUGCUGAAGCCUUAGGACUUGAUGACGUCAAAGAAGAUCAAAAAUUUGCUUCACGAAUUUUCGCUUUACUAUAUCAUAAUUUGACAGACGAAAAAAUAGAAGGAAAACAAAUUGUUUCAAUAGGAAAUGGAAUGUUUUUGCAGAAUAAAACCAAUAUAAAACUGAAUUUCUUGACCAGGAUGAGUAAUAUAUUUUACAAUGAUGUAUUAAACGUAGAUUUUGCCAAAGUGGAAGAUGCUAGAAAAAAUAUUAAUGAAUGGGUUAGUAACAAAACAUGCCGAUUGAUUCCCACUGUUUUGGAGAAACCACUACCAGCGACUACUGUUCUUGCUUUAAUCAAUACCUUACACUUUAAAGGAAAAUGGAAAAAACCGUUUUCCAACUAUUCGACUACAGAAGGUAAAUUUAAGCCCAACAAUCAAUCCAUAAUAAAAAUACCGAUGAUGCACAUUACCGACAGCAUUGAUUAUGGUACAUUCCCAAAAUACAAAAUUCAUAUGAUUAGUAAAUCAUUCAUGAAUUCACGAUUUUCGUUUGUUGUGAUAUUGCCAACUGAACCCGGAAAACUCAAAUAUGUCGAUAAAGUGUUACGUGGUGACAUCAAACUGCCUCAUUUAGUGAGUAGACUUGAAAGUAAACAAGUUGCUUUAUCUUUACCAAGAUUUCGAUUGGAUUUCUCAAUUGAUCUUAUUGAAACGUUGAAAACCAUGUAUAUCACUGAUUUGUUUGACUCUAAUGCAGCAAAUCUUGGAGGAAUUACGAAUGCCAAAAUACAUGUACAAGUUCUUCAACAAAGUGUUGCUUUAAAAGUAAAUGAAGAUGGUGUGGAAGCAGCAGCUGCUACAGUAAUGGGUAUUGGUUUCAGAAGCGCUAGACCUCCCCCUAGUGUUCGUUUUGACGUUAAUGAAUCAUUUGUUUGUUAUGUUUAUGAUAAAAUACUGAAAACUAGUUUGUUUGCCGGUCGCAUAAUUAAACCCAUACCUUUAACGAACAAUAAAUAA